GGAUGGUCCGUCAAUGACCCAAGAUCGCUUCGGCAUCCCCUCGACCGGGACCCUCGUGUCAAGCACAAGGACCAAGCCCAAAGAAGUAAGAUAACAUGUAUCCUCCAUUGACGGCAGGACUUGGCAAUAGUAUCCGGUAUUCGGAGGUUGGAGAGGUCUUGAAGAACGGUCGAGUACUUGCUCCGUAUAAGACUGCGUCUCCUGAUACCUCGGCUGUCGAUCACCCCUUAUUUUCACCACAGGCUCGAGAUUAAUUAUCAACACCAUGAGGCCGUUUGACUUUGCCAUUGGUUGCGCAAUCUUUGUCCGCGGAGGCCUGUCCCAGGUGUUCUGGGUCGAGCCACCCACCACAGCGGACCCAAACACCAUCGAGGAUUGCACCUUGUGGCAUAUUGCCGAGUCCGGCGAUACCUGCCCAAGCGUAAGCUCGGCAAACUUCAUCACCCCUGAGCAGCUCGCUGCCUACAAUCCUUCUUUGGCUGGGUCCUGCCAGUUCAUUGUGGGCAAUUCCUACUGCGUGGAGCAGAAUUGGGGAGUUCCUCCCGAGACUCAAACACCAACCACGACGACAACUUCUGCCGCCCCGACCUCAACUGGAAAUGGCAUCCAGACUCCCACCCCAAUCCAAGAUGGCAUGACCAAGGACUGUAACAAGUUUCACUUUGUUGUCAGCGGUGACGGAUGUACAUCCAUUCAGUCUACUUAUGGAAUUUCCUUUGCUCAGCUCCUGGCCUGGAACCCGGCAAUUGGGGGCAACUGCCAGUCAAUAUGGCUCAACACGUAUGUUUGUGUUGGCGUCAUCGGCGGCACGGCAACUACUUCGUCGCCUCCGACGACAACAACCACCGGAAACGGUAUCCAAACGCCCAGCCCGAUUCAGGAAGGCAUGACCAAGAGCUGCAACAAGUUUCACCUCGUCGUCAGCGGUGACGGCUGCGUCAACAUCGGGUCGCAAUACGGUGUCAGCACAGCACAGCUCGUUGCCUGGAACCCGGCCAUCGGCACCAACUGCCAGACUCUGUGGUUGAACACAUACCUGUGCGUGGGAGUCAUUGGCUCCACGACGACAUCGACGCCAUCCUCGACCACCACUGGCAAUGGAGUGGUAACCCCGACGCCGACCCGCGAGGGCAUGACGCCGGACUGCACGGGCUUCCACUUUGUCGUCAGCGGCAACACCUGUCAGACCAUCAGCUCGCAGUACGGUAUCAGCUUCCAGCAAUUCCUGGCAUGGAACCCGUACGUGGGCAGCAACUGCGCGGGCCUGUGGCUUGACACAUACGUGUGCAUCGCGGCGAAGAGCAGGCUGCCCACCACCACGACUAUGACGACAUCCACGACGAGGACUGGCAAUGGCAUUGCAACGCCCACGCCAACACAACCAGGCAUGGUGAACAACUGCGACACCUUCUACAAGGUUGUCUCUGGCGACGGCUGCCAGUCCAUCGCUACCAGGUUUGGCAUUAGCUUGGCCAAUUUUAUCGCGUGGAACUCUGGCGUUGGCCAGAACUGCCAGUCCCUGUGGCUGGACACAUAUGUCUGCGUCGGCCUGAUCUAAAGUACAGUGAGAACACCUGUCGGAGUCUCACGCGUAUAAUGAUAUGCAGACUAGACGACUAGUGGUGGCAGUUGAAUAGUAGCAUGGCCGGGCGACGGAAAGGGGAUCAGGCUUUAAUUUAUUUAAUUCUUCGACGACAGCAUCUGUUUCAGUUACGUUUUGAUAGUUUUGAUAGUGGAAAUGAACCCAAAAUGGGCAAGAUACAGUAGUUAGAAAACUUUGC